AUGACUACUUUUUAAUAAGCAUAAAACUAUCGAAUAUUAACGAAUUUAAAAUCCAUAAAGAAUGAAUGGAAAUUGAAUAAGCUUUAGAGCUUUUGUAAUUAUAGAUUUUUUUAAAAAUUAAUACUAAUAUAAUGUACUAAUAUUAAAUAUGUAUCUCUUGACACUAUUUUUAGAAUUAAUCUAAUUUAGUAUAAUCAGAGCUAGAACAAGUAAUAGUUGAACAAAAAUUCUCCCUUAAACACAAAACUCUAAAAAAUAUCCCACAAGCAUAGCUUCAUUCAUGCUAUAAUAGUUUAAGAAUAUGUUUUGAUAAGUAUAUUUGAAAAAAAUUGUGAGGAAGCAGAAUCACUUUUAACUAAUAAAUUACCUAUCAAAAUAAGAAGACCCAAAUUUAUGUAAAGUUUGAUUUAUUUAAAUAGGAACAAUAAUUCCAAGGAAUUGUUAAAAGAAAUUUAAAUAUUACUUAACAAAAGAUUUUUUUAUUUGUGGAAAAACUUAAAUAAAUAAACAUAACUUGAUACUUUUUAUUUAAAAAUAUGCAAAGAUAAAAGAAUAAAAAUUAUUUACUUGUUCAAUAUUUUAGUUUCAUCUAAAUUAAUUGUUUUAACUUAGUUUGUGGAUUAAAAUUUAUUGAAUUUUAAUUUGCAUUAAAAAUAGGUUAAAUAAAUAAUCAUUCAAUCAAAAUAUUUAUUUUCAAAACCAAAAUGA